CCUCUCUCUCUCCCUCUCUCUCUCUCUCUCUCUCUCUCUCUCUACACACACACUCAUGCUCACACAUUUCCUCUCCAUCAGAACCGUGCAGCAGCCUCAGAGAUGGAGAGCUGCUAGAAGUGCCUCAGUCUCCGCAGCAGCAGCGGCCGCUCUCCCUCGUCGUUCCGGUGGAUGUUGGAUGUACCAUGAGGUCUUCGCGGCUCUGGGCAGCUCUGUGCCUCCUCCUCACGGCCUCCUGCCGUCUCUGCGCGGCCGGCCGACAUGGUUGUUUGUUUGAAAAGAAUCUCUGUCCGAGAGAUCAGCUGUGCAACGACGACGGUUUGUUCGGACAGUGCCAGGCUCCUCGCCAGGAGCCCGUCCAGUACCAGGUGUCUGUCCCCGUCCUGCACAGACUGCAGGAAGUCCUCAAAGACCUGAUGGUGCAAGGUCUGACCUGGAAAGACGACGUCACCCAGGCGAUCAUCGGCCGAGAGUUGAGCCGCGUCCCCACGGUCGGCUCCAAACCUCAUGAGAAGUCGCCAAACCAGUUGUCCAGACUGUCGGGCCCCACUCAGCGGAGGGUCCAGGGCCCAAAGGAUCCAGCUGACCCUGAGAUGAUGCAGCAGUACGGACAGGACUACAUGAUCCUGGACCCGUCCCGGUCCGCCGUCCACAUGCAGACGCCCCUGCUGGACCCUUACACCUACAACCAGCAGCAGUACGGCUACCAGGAGGAGGAGGAGCGCUCGCUCAACUCUCUGGACGAUAACCCAGCCUUCCCGCUGCUCGCCACGCCCGCUCGCUCCAGAUCCCGAGGAAACCCUUUGGACAGAGACAGACAGCUCCUCCAGGACCUGCUGUCCUUUUACCUCACCUCCCCUUCCUCUUCCUCUUCUUCUUCCUCUUCCUCCCCUGUGCAGUCCCUGUCCCGCCACAGAGGGGCGGUAGCAGCCGCAGCAGCUGCAGGAUUUCCCUCUUCACUGUCCGCCUCUUCCUCCUCUUCCUCCUCUUUCUUCCCGGAGCUUGACUUCCCGCUGGACUACGGCGAGGACUACGUUUCCCAGGUGGCUCGGCUCAGCAAGCAGCAGCAGCAGCAGCAGCAGGAGCAGCAGGAGCAGGAGCAGGCGGUGAAGAAGGCGCAGGAAGAGUACGACGCGCUGUCCGGACUGGAUGAGCGCUCUCUGCAGAGGCUGGCUCUGCUGCUGGAUCACUACGGCCUGGACGUGAAGGACUUGUCCCCCGAGCAGAAAGACGACCUGCCGGCCGCCAUCAAGCAGCUGCAGCUGGACAGCUCCUACGCCCACAAACUAACCAAAGAGGAAUAUGGGAAGAAUGCUGCCACAGGAAAGAAGGUCACAGAGGGUUCAAUGGCGUAUAAGAUGACGGCCCCCGAGGCUCCGCCCUCCACCAACAAGCCCCCCAAACCUGGAGGAGCCCCGAAAGACUCGACCCCCGCUGUCGCAGCCAACAGGGACAAUCCGAGGAAAGGCGAAGUGGCGGCCCAGGCCGAGGAGUACGGCUACAUCGUCACCAAUCAGAGCCCCCUUGUACUGAACGACGGUGUGCGAGUGCUGCAGCUGCUGUCGGAGAGGAUUGGCCUCUCCACCGGCUCCUUCAUCAACAUCAGCGUUGUGGGACCUGCGAUCACCUUCAGGAUCAGACCCAACUCCAAGAACCUGACGGCUGCAGAUGUGGCAGAGAAAGCCAUUGCAGAGAAGAACUUCCUGGAGUCUGAGACGGGCCUGAAGGUGCUGCAGAGCGGCGUGGGAGAGAGGAAUGAUGGGAAGUCGAUGCCCCUGGCGACCCGCAUCCAGCCCAGCGGCUCCCGCGCGGUCUUCGCCACGCUGGUGGCCAUGGCCUGCAUCGGCAGCAUCCUGGUGGCGGCCAUGACCGUCGCCUGCCUGCGACACCACGCCCACCGUCUGGCAGUCAAGAAGCUGGGUCUGGGACCAGAGGGGGGCACUUUCAACCACCAGGAGUACCAGGACCUGUGUCGCCAGCACAUGGCGUCCAAAGGAGCCUUUGGGCGUCUGGAAGCAGCUGCCCUCGGCGCCGUGGGGGGAGCGAGCGGAGGAGGAGGUGCGGGAGCAGGAGGAGGUGCUGGCGCGGGAGUUGGAGGAGCAGCAGGAGGCGGGGGAGCCGACUCGAGGGUGAGCAGCGUGUCGUCCCAGUUCAGCGACGGAGCCCAGCCCAGUCCCAGCUCCCACAGCAGCACGCCGUCGUGGUGCGAGGAGCCGGCCCAGGCCAACAUGGACAUCUCCACCGGACACAUGAUACUGGCCUACAUGGAGGACCACCUGAGGAACAAGGACCGCCUGAUGAAGGAGUGGGAGGCUCUGUGCUCCUACCAGGCCGAGCCCAGCACCGUCUCUGUGGCUCAGAGCGACGCCAACGCCAAGAAGAACCGCUGCCCUGACUCUGUCCCCUAUGACCACUCGAGGGUGAAGCUGAAAGCGGAGGUCAACCCUUCACGCUCCGACUACAUCAACGCCAGCACCAUAAUUGAGCACGACCCCCGGAUGCCGGCCUACAUCGCCACCCAAGGGCCGCUGUCACACACCAUCUCCGACUUCUGGCAGAUGGUGUGGGAGAACGGCUGCACCGUGAUUGUGAUGAUGACCGCUCUGGUGGAGGACGGAGAGAAGCAGUGCGACCGCUACUGGCCCGACGAGGGAUCGUCCCUCUACCACAUCUACGAGGUGAACCUGGUGUCGGAGCACAUCUGGUGUAACGACUUCCUGGUGCGAAGCUUCUACCUGAAGAACGUGCAGACGCAGGAGACCCGGACGCUCACCCAGUUCCACUUCCUCAGCUGGCCGGCGCAGGGCAUCCCCACCUCCACACGCCCGCUGCUGGACUUCCGCAGGAAGGUGAAUAAGUGCUACCGAGGACGCUCCUGCCCCAUCAUCGUGCACUGCAGUGACGGUACCGGCCGCUCUGGCACUUACAUCCUGAUCGACAUGGUCCUCAACCGUAUGGCUAAAGGGGUGAAAGAGAUCGACAUCGCUGCGACGCUGGAGCACGUCCGAGACCAGCGGCCCGGGAUGGUCCGCACCAAGGACCAGUUUGAGUUUGCCCUGACAGCCGUUGCUGAGGAGGUCAACGCCAUCCUCAAAGCUCUGCCCCAGUGAAAGCAGUCCUGGCUGACGGACCCCCUGCCUGCCGACA